AUGGAGAAAAUCGCGUAUGUCCAUAAUAUAGAGAUGCCUACACCCGAGGAAGGGGUAAGCGAGGAUGAGAUCACUCACUACGUGAAGUAUAUUGAUGACUCCACUCUUGCUCGGUGUUACAUGUUGGGCUUUAUGACUCCUGAGUUACAAAGACAACAUGAAAAGACGGAUGCCAGAUCCAUACUACUAUAUGUCCGCAAACUCUUUGAGAAACAAGGAAAGCCUCAGCGAUAUGAGAUAUCCAAGUGCCUCGUCCGAGCUAGGAUGACUGAGGGGACACUAGUUCAUAACCAUGUCCUAAAAAUGAUUGAGUAG